AUGGUUGGGAGCCAAAGAAUAUGGAAAGCGACUGGCAACGGAAACUACAUAGUGGACUUCUUCCAGGAAAACAUGGCCAGACGAUCGAUCAAGGACUACUUCAAACCGAUCACAAACCAGACAACGAGCACAGAAAAAACAGCCACGCCAGAAACAACAAGAACGACAUCCAAGAAAACUACUGCCACAACAGCAGAAACAGCCAAAACAACAGCACCAUCCAAGACAUCGAAAAAAGCAACAGCAGCAGCCAAACCACCAACGAAAACGGCAAAGACACCAACAAGAACUUCACCAAGGAAACCACAAGCAACAAUGGAAAAAAAGAAACAGUCUUCGAUCCACUCCACCAGCUCACUCUCCUCACUCGCCUCCUCACUAAGCCUAUCCCCACCCCCCAAAACAGUAGCAGCGAUACCCCCCAAACCAACAUCCCAACCAGCCAAGAAACAAGAGCCGGUCAACUACGACGACGACGACGACGACGACGAAGAGCUGCCGGACUUUGGACUGCAAACGAAGCCCAAAGCAGCCAAAUCGACCCCCAAAACCAACCCCAAAUCGCCCUCCCUAUCGCCCACCUCCACCCUCAACCAAGCCCGACGACGCAGCACACGGCUGCUCGGAUCGGCCAGCAAGCCCCCGUCAGCGUCGACAGCUGCGAGCGGCAGCGGCGGCGCGAAGACGAUCGUGAAGCUGAGCAAGCCGGCUGGGCCGGCCAAGUUCUCGCUCGAAGAGAUCCUCAAGGAGCAGCGCAGCCGGAAGGAGAAGCAGGCCAAGCUCAAGCGGACACGCGAGAUGCUCGGGGCGGACGCCGACGCCGACCAGCCCAUGCCCGACUAUCUGCCCUCCACGACCACCGCUAACGAGCACACCAACGCCGCGCUCCUGCUGUCCACCCCGCAGAAAAAGGGCAAGCAGAAUGACGCCAAGACCAACAGGCUCAACGCGCUCUGUGGGGCGUCCGACGAGCCGGGCUCCCCCGCCGACAGACCCGCCGGACUCCUGCUGGCCGAUCUCAGCCCCACAAAGGCUAGCCUGUUGGACGAGACCGAGGUCGCCCGGUUCCAGACCAUCAAUGCCCAGAAACCGCGCCUCCAUAAGCUGCUCCGUGACGACCUCGUCUCCGGCCAUCUCUCCAGCCUCAACCGGGGGCUCCACUUCCGCCAGCUCUUCCACCCUAACCUCCUCACUCCUCCCUCCGAGCCCUCCGCCACCCCGCCCUCACCGCUCCCCAACAUCGACUAUGCCAGCCUCCAGGGCGUCUCCAAAGAUCCCGACGUCGUCGACUUUGUGCAGGAGUUGGUCGACAACCUCGACUAUUCGAAGAAAGAUCCCGACGCGUUGCCGAUCGACCUGACGCGGGCGAUCCCAGGGCCGCUGAAGCGGGUGACGAUGGGGUCAGAGUCGUCGACGAUGAUGACCCACCAGACGAUCUUCGGGCUGCUGUUCCGCCCCUUGAUCGACCCGGGGUACCCGGAAAUGGUAGCGGCGAAGACGGUGGUGCUGAUCAAGCGUCUGCUCGCCACCCUCGCCGCCACGCCUUACCUCAACCGGCUCACCGAGUUCUGGCUGUCCACCCUCCAGGACGGGCUCGUGCGACUCGGCCUCCUUCCCCAAACCGUCUUCUUCGGUAGCUACCAUGCCGACCAUCAGAUCCCAUCCAACCCCUCGUUCGCUUUCUCGCCCGCUCAGGCUUCCGAGAGAGUCCGGCUCAUGCUCAACCUCUUUGUGGUUCUCUCCUCCGCCUCCUAUCUGAACGACCGCGGUCGGAUAUGGGCGUUGACGAUAGCCUUGCGAGUAGGAGUAGAGCCCACGAGCAGCGGCCUUCGCGCAGACGUGAUCGAGGUGAUAAAGGAGGUUCUGUCACGGGUGUACUACGGAUCUGGGGCGGAGCAGACGACGACGAAGGAGACGAAGAUCGCUCUGCUGGCCGAGACGCUCAAGGUGGGCGUCGACCUGCACACAUGGACCAACCAGCUCGAGCUCCUCCGGCUGUUUCCCGCCCACCAGCUCUUCCGCAAGGCGCUCGCCAUCGGGCUCAUCGACCUCGCCGCAGGCCACCUCAACCGUCCCCCGCCGAUCACUGACGAAGCCUUGCACAAGAUGGCGCGCUGGCUGACCCACAUCACCAAUAAAUUCACUACCGAUCCGCCGCUCCGGGAGGUCUACAACACGCUCAAAGAAGUCUCGCGCCGGCCCUACGAGUCCGUCCCGACGGCAGCUCCGACGGACGACAUGAGCAUGCAAGUGGAUGAGGGACCCUCCGAGCCGGCGUUGGGCGUGGAGGUCAUCGGCAACAGCAGCAAGAGCCUGAUCCAGGGAGGAAAGUUCCGCAAGGCCUUUGCGGCGUACUUGGACGCCGAGGAAACCCUCAACGAGGUCCAAUUCUCCGCCCUCAUUUUGCUUUUCCAGAUCCUUACUAUCGGCCUUUGGGACAUCCUCAUCGACGCUAAAUCUGCCGCCCCCGCCCGCCUCGCCCCUUCCUCCUCCACUGCUCUCCCCGCUUCUCCUCCCGCCGGAUCCCAACUCGCGGGGAACAUCUGGAUCACGCUGGUCCAACAAGCAUUAGCAUCCCUAGACAACUCCAUCAAGAGCGCCGCCUCGCCGCAGAACCAGGCCGAGCGCAUCAAGCUCAAGAACAUCAUCCUGAGGCUCGCGACCGCGUUGGACUUCCUGAAUCGCGAGUCCGUGCUCAUCGUCAAAGGAAUCGACACUAAGGGCCAAACCAAACUAGACAGGUUUCUGAAAAAGACGUGA